CGAGAAGUUCCGGCCGUGCAGUGGAAGCCCCCCGUGUAAGCACCCUUCCACCGAUCCCGACCGACCCCAACUUCCCGGGAUGGCUUCCGCCGCCAAUUCUCUCCGGCUAUGCCUCCGGGCUAGCAGACAGUUAUCAGUACGACCUGCAGCGUCCCCCCUCCUGCGCCGGGCCUUGACCACAACCGCCCCGCAAUGCGCUCGCCCAGGUCGCAAAAAGGGCUGGAAAGACCCCAGCAACAAUUUCGAGUUUCCUGAGCCAUACGAGGGCAAGGUCUUCCAAGAUUUGGGCGAACAGUUGAGGUACUCUCUGGAAAACGACGAGUUGGCCGAGGCCGACCGGGCUGCCGUUCAGCAGGCCCUGGCGAGCUGGGAGAACAAGCCAAACGAGGAGAAGAUGGAGGAGCAGCAGAUUGUCAAAGAAAUUGACAAGGAGUUUGCCCCUCUGAGAGCACCUGUUCGUGCUAGGAGAAACUCUUUCUGGCACGAGGAAGAGCAGGACACCGAUUUGAUCACCGACGAGGUUGGGGAGGACGACUUUGAGGAGAAUGACAUGAUGGCUAUGGGUCACGCCAAGCUGGAGGAGCACCGCGAGUACAGAGAAUACGCACGUAUUGCCGUGUGGGAGAUGCCAUUGCUUUCGAAAUUCGCAAAGAAGUUCGUGCCGCCCAAGAAUAAUGAGGUUCUUCGUUUCCGGUACACCACAUAUAUGGGUGAAUUCCACCCUGCUGACCGCAAGGUCGUGGUCGAGUUUGACCCCCGGGAUUUGUUCGAGCUCACCGAGGUUCAGCGAGACAAGCUUCGCAAACUGGCUGGUGCCAGAUACAACCCAGAAAGGGGAAUCAUCAAAAUGAGUUGCGAGAAAUUCGAACUCCCAGCCCAGAACAAGCGAUGGCUUGGUGACACGAUUGCCAAGUUGAUCACUGCGGCCAAGGACCCCACGGAUACGUUUGAGGACAUCCCCUUGGACACCCGGCACCACAAGUUCAAGAGCAUCCCGAAGUACCCCAAGGAGUGGUACAUGUCAAACCAACGAAGGCAGCAGCUCUUGGCUCAGAGGCGAGAGUCUUUGAAGCUGGAUCAUAACAAGAGACAGAACAGUCAACUGAUUGAUGGUGUAAAAGUGAUCCAACAGGGCGCGCUUUCUACGCUCUCUGCGUCGAAGGAGAAGGAGCCCGUGGCAGUGCGGGUCAAGCCUCUAUAGAGAGAGGGUGUGAGAGGGUUCUCACCCGGCGCCACUACCGUCAGCCGCCUGGUGGUAUGCUGGCUGGCGGCUGUCGUAGUUGGAGCGGAAAAUGUACAUCAUCUGUAAAAAGUAAAGAGACCAUGUCAAAUGUGAAUAUAGACGAUUGGUACUGACUGCCGGUGUUAAGGUUAAGGGGCGACCCCUGAAGCAAGCCUUGCACCCCCACAACCCC